AUUCCUCCUUCCUCGCUGCCGGACUAAUCGCAUUUCUGGCUCUGCUUUGUCUGCCCUCCCAGGCGCGCUCUCUCCCCCUCUCCCUCUCCCUCGGGUCGCUUGUUGACGUCUCUUUCCUCGCUCGCCUUUCUUUCUUCCCUCGUCCCUCCCGGCUCGGUUUUUUCACCUUAUCUCCACCCCCAGAUCCGCCCUUCCCGUAAACCACCGAGCUCUUUCUUUUGCUUUCCUCUUGAGCAAACCAGAGGGAAGUGGAGCGGAGAAGCGACCUAAGAAACGAUUUGACACAGAUUCAUAGAAAUGGAUUCAAAGAACGCAGCACCCGGAUACCCUGGACCCCCAACACAAUAUGGAUAUCCUCAGUAUGCCCCUGGACCAGGCCAAUAUCCACCUGGGCCAGGUCAAUAUCCACCAGGGCCAGGUCAAUAUCCUCCUGGACAAGGACAAGGUUUUGCAGGACAGCCACCCUACCAACCCAUGGGCUAUCAAGGGGCAUAUGGAGCUCCUCCAGUUCAAGGUCAGCCAAAUGGUGUUAUGUGGAUGCCAGCACCACCUCCACCUGCCAACUGUCCACCUGGAUUGGAAUAUUUGAGCCAGAUUGAUCAGAUAUUGAUUCAUCAGCAGAUUGAACUCCUGGAAAUUCUCACUGGCUUUGAAACUUGCAACAAAUAUGAAAUAAAGAAUUCUUUGGGGCAAAGGGUGUACUUUGCUGCUGAGGAGUCUGAUUGCUGUACACGCAAUUGCUGUGGAUCAUCGCGGCCCUUCACAAUGAAAAUCAUGGACAAUAUGGGCCAGGAAGUCAUAGAGCUCCUGAGACCUCUCAAAUGCUCCAGUUGCUGCUUUCCUUGCUGCUUGCAAGAGCUUGAAGUUCAUGCUCCACCUGGCACGCCUGUAGGAUACAUUAAACAGACCUGGAGUCCCUGUUUACCUAAAUUCACUAUCCAGAAUGCAGCUCGUGAGGAUGUACUUAAAAUUGUUGGACCCUGCAUAGUAUGCAGUUGUUGUUCAGAUAUUGAUUUUGAAGUGAUGUCAAAGGAUGAGAAGAACACAGUCGGAAAAAUCUCUAAGCAGUGGACCGGUUUUGUGAGGGAGGCAUUUACAGAUGCUGACAAUUUUGGCAUCCAGUUCCCACAGGACCUCGAUGUCAAAAUGAAAGCUGUCAUGCUUGGGGCUUGCUUCCUCAUUGACUUUAUGUUUUUUGAACAUGGACAAGAUCGUAACCAGAGAGCUGGCGUCUGGUAACAUGUGGCCUGUACACUGCUUUAGAGGAAAACACUGUUAAUUCUAUCCUUGCUUAUCUUAAAUGACGUUUCUGAUCAUUUUUUCAUUAUAAAAAUUGGUAAUGUGGCUGCAUCUUUUGCACCUGUAGCAUUUAUUUAUGAAAGCUGCUGUAUACUUGUUUAUAUAACUAUUUUUUUAUAUGUCCAGUGUAUCCAUAAAAAGAUGGAUCCUUCCUCUUCCACGUGCAGCGCCAUGGGGCAAUGCCACGUAUUGAAACAAAUUGUGCCUUGUGACUUCAAAACCAAAGGUUAUGCCUGUGUUUUAUAUGUACAUAUAACAUAAAGUAAACUUUUACGGUA